CGAGUUGCACGCCAUCGAUUACUCCCACCUCUAGCUCGCCCCUCUGGUCUGGCCAACGCCAACGCGACGCGAGCCAGAGUCUCUCUCUCUCUCUCUGAUAGAGGCUCGCGACCAUUUCCACCUCUCGUCGGGCCGCCCCCUCUCUCCACCAAACCUAACGCCCACCUAAUCGCUCGUCAAACGCAAGGAUCCAAGAAAAGGGGGUGGACCGAUUUCCUUCCCCUUUUCUCCUCUCCCCCCUCUCUCUCUAUCUCGGCUGGAGGGAGGGAAUCGGGGGCGGGCAUGGACGCGCCGGCGUCGGCCUCGUCGCCGGUGGAGUUCCUGCUCCGGCGCCCCACGCCCAAGCGGAGGAGGCUGCCGCUCGCCGGCGCCUUCUUCGCGCCUACCGCCCUCGCGGGCGCCUCGCUGCUCCGCGCGCUCGCCUCGCUCGCCGCCGGGCUGCUCGCCGUGCCUCGCCCGCCGUCGCAGCCGCGGAACCUCGCCGCGCUCGCGCGCCGCCUCGCGCUGCUCAGCGCCCUCCUUGACUCGCUCCUCCUUGACGCGCCAGACCGCUUCUCCGACGCGGCCAACCUCUGCUUCCGCGAGCUCUACGUCGUGCUCUUCCGCGCCGACCUGCUCGUCUCCUACGUCGCCUCCGCUGGCCGCGCGUGGGCGCUGCUCCGGGGGGGCCACCUCGCCGCCUCCUUCCGCGACCUCGACGCCGAGCUCGCCGUCGUCCUCGACGUCAUCCCCGCCGCCUCCAUCCGCCUCUCGCACGACGCUACCGGCCACCUCGACCUCCUCCGUUCCCAGUGCCGCCGUCGAGCGCCCGCCCAGUACCACGACCCCGACGAGGCUGCCCUCCGCGACCGCCUCCUCGCCGCCGUCCAGAAGUUCGAGCUCGGCCAGCCGCCUGAUACCGCUCCGCUCAAAUCGCUCCUCUCCGACAUCGGCAUCUCUGACGCCGCAUCUUGCCAAGCUGAAAUCGACUACCUCGAGGAACAAAUCUUGAGUCAAGAUGAGGAUACCGACCUCCUGCUCGUCGGUGGUGUUCUCGCCUUGCUCCGCUACAGCCUCUUCUCGCAGUUCGACCCUGGCAACGCAAAGGCUGUCCGGUAUUGGCCGUCGGCGGGGAACUUGCAGCGGCUUCCAUCGUGGGGCGGAGGCGGCUGCGAGGACACCUCCUUCUCGGUGCCCAAGGAGUUUUCCUGCCCGAUUUCUUUGGAUUUGAUGCGCGACCCUGUGGUGGCGUCCACCGGCCAGACGUAUGACCGGCCAUCAAUCAUACAGUGGAUCGGGGAGGGCCAUUCCACCUGCCCAAAUUCAGGGCAGGCACUGGCAGACAACCGCCUUGUGCCUAAUUGUGCUCUCCGCAGUUUGAUUUCACAGUGGUGCGGGAUGUAUUGUUUCCAGUAUGAUUCCCCAGAGAGCAACGAGGGGAUGGCCGAAUGCGUCGCCACCGCGUGCAGCAGCAAGGCGGCAAUCGAGGCGAAUAAGGCCACAGCCAGGAUUCUGGUCAGGAUGCUGGUGGAGAGGUCCGAUAGCUCAAAGGCAGUUGCUGCCAAGGAAAUUAGGUUGCUGGCCAAGGCCGGGAAGCAGAACAGAGCUUUCAUUGCUGAGCUCGGUGCGAUCCCGUUGCUCUGCAGGUUGCUGCUGUCCUCAGAUCAGAUAGCACAAGAGAACGCAGUGACAGCACUGCUCAAUCUCUCCAUCUAUGAGCCAAACAAAAUGCGGAUUAUGGAACAGGAGGGUUGCUUGUGGCUUAUCGUCAGCGUGUUGCAGAAUGGCUGGACUACAGAGGCCAGAGAGAAUGCAGCAGCAACUCUGUUCAGUCUCUCCGUGGUCCAUGAUUACAAGAAGAUGAUCAUGAAUGAGCCAGGGGCUCUGGAGAAGCUGGCUUGUAUGCUGAAAAAAGGGACUCCAAGAGGGAGGAAAGAUGCAGUGAUGGCACUUUUCAACCUCUCAACGCAUGCAGAAAGCUCAGCUCGGAUGCUCGAGUCAAGUGCAGUUGUAGCUUUAAUCGAGUCACUGAGGAACGACACCGUGUCGGAGGAAGCUGCUGGUGCUUUGGCUCUGCUGAUGAAGCAGCCUUCUGUUGUGCAUCAUGUUGGGAGCUCUGAAACUGUGAUCAGUAGCCUCGUUGGAUUAAUGAGGCGGGGAACUCCAAAGGGCAAGGAGAAUGCAGUGUCCGCUCUAUACGAGAUAUGUCGUCGUGGUGGCUCAACAUUGGUGCGGAGAGUAGCAAAGAUUCCGGGGUUGAAUACUGUAAUACAGAACAUCAUGCUCACUGGAACAAAGCGCGCCAAGAAGAAAGCAAGCUUGAUCGUCAAGAUGUGCCAAAGAAGCCAAAUGCCGUCAGCAAUGUCGCUAGGGACUAGCUUGAGGGCGGUUGAUCAUUCUUUGGUAGGUAACAGCUCAUUGAGGCGUGCUGCGAGCUUUGGCAGUGGAGAGUUGUCGAACCCUGUUUCGAUAUCAGUGCACGUGCCCUAGGUAAUCGCCUUCCAAUUGGGCAGUCCCAUAUAUGUCUGGCCAGUUUUGUUCAAAAGUUCUUUCAUUGCAUGCUCAAAAUGAAGGUAUACAACAUUUAAUCUAAAGGAACUAAUACUUGCAAUAUACUAUCACAUGUGCAUGUGUCUGUGUAUGGGAAAUGUGGAUAACUGAAGUAUAUAAUCCAUAUACAUGUAGAACUUCAGCUUGAUAUUCCAUUUGAAGCUUGGAAGUUGUUCUAUUUUUGUUUCAUUUUUUAAAAACACUAUGCUCCUUAUUGUAAACUAUCCGGAUAAUAAUUUGUAGCUUGUACUGGGGCAACAAUGGAAGGGAUUGUAAUUUACAGUACUAUGUAAGUUAUAGUUACAGGGACUUGUCCAUUGGCAAGGAAAAAUAACUUGAAUAUCAGGCAGUAUAGCUUUAUAGAA